CGCAGGAUUUGGCCCACAAUAGAAUAACAACGCCAUCAAAUUGAAACCCAAAGUGACCCAUUCAUUCAUUCAUUCAUUCAUCGAUUGAUUGAUAAGAGCAGCAGAGCGAAACGAUUCUCAUGUUCGGUCGCCAAGGUAUGGGCGGCGGAAACAUCAUCAGAACCGCCAGCAGAGCCGUCGCCAGAGCCAGCGGCGGACUUCAAGACGCCGCCGCGACCGCGACUGCGACUAGACCUUCCUCUCCGACCUCCACUUCCCGAGCCACGCACCGGCACGGCGGCUCCGCUAAUUUCCACGGCCUGGCGUCGACCUCUGCCUCUUCGCAGAGCCACUGUCCGGUUUCCGCCACUUGCGGCGUCGCCGCCGGCUGGCCCUUCUGCAAUCGCUACUGCGAUGAGUUCGUGUGGAUUUCAGAGGAGCGCGAAAAUGGCGGUAGGGUUUGUUCUGAGGACGGCGUCGGUUGCUGGUCUGUUCCUUCGGUGGACGAGGUUCACGGCGCCGUCUCUGCGCUUCACCAGGUUUUCGGGGAAGAGAAGGAUGAUUCGGGUCGGGUCGGGAAGUAUAUGGGUUUGGCCAACCGGGUUUCUUCGGUCGGGUCCGGGUCGGACUGGGUUGAGCCGUGUUUGGAGCUGCAGAUGGGUGGGCGUGGAGUUGAAAGGGUUUUUGAUGCUUUCCAUUUAUUGCAGACCGACCCCUCAGUUCAGAGAAUGGUUAUGUCAGUAUCAUCAGAUAAAGCAGUUUGGGACGCCAUUCUAAACAAUCAGGCAGUGCAACAUCUCAAGAACUCCUUCUACGAAGCCAAAGAUGACAGUCCUCAGAGUUCAGAGGAAAGCUCCCCCGACAAGCCCCCCGACGAGUCGACGAGCGUGAUCCAGUGGAUGUUCGACAACACGAAGACGAGAGUGAUGGAAGUAAUUGAGAGGAUCACAGAGCUGGUGAACCACUUGUUUGAGAAUGUAAAUGAUGAUUAUGAAGAUGAAAAAAAGAGAGGAGCAGAAGCCAUGGAUCCCUUUGAGGAGAAGCUGAGAACUUCAUUCUUCAUCUCCAUUGUUGUGCUGCUGCUUGUAAUGGUGAGUCGAGCCCACAAGGCCUCUCAAUGAAUUUGACGACAUCAAACUUUGCUCCACUGAGCAAUCUCUUUCUUUUUUUUUUUGGUAAUUUUUUUCUUUUUUCUUUCUAAAUAAAUUAUGCAUAUUUUGUUCAUGCGUUGUUUUUGCAAUUCUUAGGUCACUUUUGGUGUUCUGUUUUUCCCAAUAGAUUGCUUGUUUAUGUCUUUUUUUUUCCAAAA